AUGCAUUUCCCAGCGCCACCAAUCAACGGCCACCAGCCACACCACCUCAACGGUAACGCCACGUCCAACGGCCACCCGGCCGCCAAGAUGGAGCAGCUCUACGUAGUGCCGGACCAAGGGCCUUGUCCGCCCAACCGGACCCUUUUUGAGGCCUUUGAGUGGUACCUCCCGGCAGAACACAACCACUGGCGCCGGUUGGCCGACAAGAUACCCAGCCUGGCCGCCCUGGGCGUCACCGACCUCUGGAUCCCGCCCGCGAGUAAGGGUGCCUGGUACACUAGCAAUGGCUACGACGUCUAUGACCUAUACGACCUCGGCGAGUUUGACCAACGGGGUGCGAGGCAGACCAAAUGGGGAUCCAAGGAAGAGUUGUUGGAGCUUGUGCACGUUGCCAAUAGGCAUGGCGUUAGGAUUCUGUUUGAUGCCGUGCUCAACCAUAUGACGGGUGCAGAUCAGACAGAAACUGUCUUGGCUGUUAACGUUCACGCUAAUGAUCGCCGCCAAGAAAUAAGCAAGCCACACCAGAUUGAGGCUUGGACCAAGUUCAACUUCCCAGGUAGAGGCGAAACGUAUAGUCCGCUCAAAUGGACCGCAGAGCAUUUUACCGGGGUCGACUAUGAUCAGUCUUCCAAAGCUAACGGUAUUUGGAAGUUUUGCGGCAAAGAAUGGGCACGGGAUGUGGAUGGAGAGUUUGGAAAUUAUGAUUUUCUCAUGUGCACAGAUAUCGACCACAGCCACCCCGACGUCCGGCGAAACUUUUUCCACUGGGUGCAAUGGCUCGCGUCUCAGAUGAAGCUGGGUGGUCUGCGCCUCGACGCCGUCAAGCACAUCUCGGCGUCGUUUAUGCGUGAUUUUGUGAGCCUCAUUCAAAACACCGUCGGACGGGAUUGGCUCCUCCUCGGCGAGUAUUGGAGUGGCGAUGUUAAGGCCCUGCUUGGGUAUCUCCAGCAGCUGGACUACCGAAUAUCGCUUGUCGAUGUUCCUCUUGUUGAGAACUUCUCCCGCAUCUCGCGUGGCGAGCAACCAGACUUGAGGAGAGUUUUUGAAAACACUUUGGCAGCCAUAAAACCAAAUAAUGCAGUUCAAACCGGACAAACCCUAGAAGUAAAUGCCACCCCCUUUUCGGUGAUCCGCUCGGAACAAUCCGCUGACAAAACCCCCCCUAAACAGACACCAGUAGAGCCCUUCUUCAUCCCCAUCGCCUACGCCAUGAUCCUCCUGCGCGCCAACCACGGCACGCCCUGCGUCUUCUGGUGCGACCUGUACGGCACGCUCCUCCCGUCGCGGCCGCACCAGGCCCCGCUCGGCGGCCUCCUCACCGCCCGCCUGAUGCUGGCCCGCAAGCUGUGGGCGUACGGCACCGAGGCGGCCUACUUCUCCGGCAAGGGCGGCGAGACGUGCGUCGGCUUCACGCGGUUCGGACACCCGGCGCGCUCCGGCGGUGCGGGCCUGGCCGUCGUGGCAAACACGGGCUUUGAGCGCGCCGUCAGGCGCAUGUGCGUCGGGUCGAGGCAUGCGGGAGAGCGCUGGACGGAUCUUCUUCGGCAGGCCUGGGGCGUUGUGGCUAUUGAUGCUGCCGGGUAUGGAGACUUUCCCGUCGGGCCCAGGGGGGUUAGUGUUUGGGUUCAUGAGGCGGCCGAGGGGAGGGAGGUGGUGGAUAGGUUGAGUUCAUUAUGA